CCAAAAGGCAACAUUGCUUUCGAUAGACUUCAAAUGGCUGAGAAGUAAUCUCUCAUCACUCCCCACUCUCGAUUCUCACAAACAAAUAUUAAGUUUAAGAGAUUGACCGCCAUUGAAGCACCGCAACCUCAUAUACAUACACACACACACACAUAUAUAUAUAUAUAUAUAUAUGUACACAUACAUAUAUUUGUUGCUGUUUUCUCCAUUUCUUCUCAGUUCCUCUAAUUCGGCCAUCAAUUUGGAGUGGAAUUCGAAUUCUUGGCGCUGAAUUUUGGUUGGGAAGUGUGAAAUUGAGGUGGCUUUUGAUUGAUUUCGUUGCGAUUGGUGAUUUUUAUGGAAUCGAGUGGCGUGACCUUGGCCGGAUCUACGCCGGUCGGAGCUCAACCGGGGGAGCCGGGGCUCGAUUCGCUCCAAUUCGGGGAGGAAAUCCAGAGGCUCAUGGCGGUGCCUCCGGAGAACGCCAGCUCCUUCACGGCGCUCCUGGAGCUCCCGGCGCCGCAGGCGAUGGAGCUUCUCCACCACGCGCCGGACCCCGACAGGGUUCCGGCGAUGGCGAAUCUCUCCGGCGAGCCGCUCCACAAACCCUACCCCCACCAGACGUUCGGCUCCAGCCUGACGUUUCUCUCCGACCCUGCGCUAAUCGAACGCGCCGCCAAGUACUCUGUGUUCGCCGGCGAGCACUCGCCGGAGACGAGCUCGGUGCCGUCGAACUCCAGCGCGAAUUUGGAGAAGGUGAAGAGCGAGCCCGCGGAGACCGAUUCGAACCCUAACUCGUCGCAGCCGUUGGUUUCGGAUCCGUCGGUGGAGGAGAAGAAUCAGAGGCCGUCGGCGAAGAGGAAGGAGCGAGAAAAGAAGGCGAAGGCUUCAUCAAAGAAGAGCAAGAACGAGAGCAGCCAAGAUGCGCAGAAGCUUCCUUACGUUCACGUUCGAGCUCGUCGUGGUCAAGCUACUGACAGCCAUAGCCUGGCCGAGCGAGCUAGGAGGGAAAAGAUUAAUGCUCGGAUGAAGUUACUACAGGAGCUUGUUCCCGGAUGCAACAAGAUUUCAGGAACAGCACUAGUUUUGGAUGAAAUCAUCAACCACGUACAGUCUCUACAACGUCAAGUGGAGUUCUUAUCAAUGAGACUCGCAGCAGUCAACCCAAGAAUUGAUUUCAACCUAGACAGUAUAUUGGCUAUUGAUAAUGGUUCUGUAAUGGAUGGUAAUUUACCCAAUAUGGUUUCAUCUGUGAUGUGGCCGGAAUUCCCGAUCAAUGGAAACAGACAACAGUUUCAACAGCAAUGGCAUUUUGACUCCCUCCAUCAGCCACUUUGGGGGAGGGAAGAGGACAAUCAAACUUUCGUUACUCCAGAAAACUCACUUUUGACUUAUGACUCUUCCGCAAAUUCAGCAUCUCUGCACUCAAGCCAAUUGAAGAUGGAGCUGUGAAAGCGUAGUAGAGAGUUCUUAUAGUAGCUAAUAGUGUAUAUAUCAGAUAUAGCAUUAGCAUUUAGCAAGAGGGAGGUAGAAAGGGGUAUGGAUGCCUCAAAAUUCAUGGCCGGUUGCCAUGAAACUCUAUUUGUCAAGGUCAGGUUAAAUUCCCUCAACUAGAGGGAAAAGUAAUUUGGUAAUGCCAAUUCUUAAAUGAUUACUACUAUAUAUAUAUAUAUAUGUAUACUCUUAACUAACUAUUGGAGGGUCAAUUCAAUCUAAUACUUAUUUUGGGAGACGAUUGAUUGAUUGAUUCUUACUGUAAAAUCCAUUGAA